AAAUAUAUAUUUAUGGAGGUGCGAAACACCGUAACUGCAAACCAGAUAUUUGAAAUGCUGAUGGAAGCAUCACAUUUCUUUUACUUUCAUUUAUUUCAUGUUUUUUGCCGGUUUCUCAGUGUGUUGUUGUUAGGACUUUAGACCUUUAUGUUUCUAUUUCUGCUCAGUUGAAAGCAAACUAUUUCAGUUUCAUCACUCGCCUCGAAAAUCCACGAGAUUUUUUUCAACAUCUGAGCACGGUUCCGAAACGCUCAUCAAAGGUGGGCCUACCACGAAUAGCGUGUGUGUUUGUAGGCGAGAGGAGCGUAUAAGGCUUUAUAGUAUCCUUUCCAAAGCUUUCUUCAUCAUAAAAGAGAGCGUCCUGUUGUUUUCAUAAAAAAUCAAAGCGAUAAGCAGAGUUUGGAUUUCUAAUCCAUAGUUUCUGGUUUCUCCGCUAGGAACGCCGGGACCGCAAUUAGGCGAAUAAAUACGAAAAGGACCGUAACGGUCUGCAUUUUAUUUAGCUCGAGCUUAAGCUCGUUUAAAAAUAGUCUUUGCAAGCGAACUAUUUCACCGCUCGUCUCAAAAAUCCACAAGAACUCUCCUUUUAUGGUAUGUACCCACCCAGUACUCGCCCUUUGGGAACACCUGGGAGGUCUGAGCUGUUUCACUUUGUGCCGGGACUUCCUGUCUGGGCACUGAAGAAGUUCAAAACUUAACCGAUCCCCUGCAUCAAUUCGCAGCAACUCUGUUAUCCAGAGACUGGUCUCCAACUGAACAGGAUGUCCGCUACAGAAGUUGUUCUUGGUGUAAUUUUCUCUAUCCUUGUGGUUGUAAACCUGGUUGGAAAUACUUUGGUUUGCCUUGUUGUAUCCCGAAACAAAUCAAUGAGAGUGCCAAUGAACUAUCUUUUGGUAAAUCUUGCCGCUGCUGACAUGGCCUUCGCCGUUUUUGUGUCUCCACAAUUUAUUUUCCGUCCAUUUUUUCAGCAUCCCGAGCCUCCAGUCGGUGAUUUUCUUUGCAAGGUAGCCACUGGAGGCAGCUUGAGCUGGGUAGGAACAGCAGCUUCAGUGUUCACCUUGGUGCUUAUCGCGUUCGAACGUUAUUACUCUAUUUUGUUUCCAUACAGUAACAAAGGCCGUUUGACGCCUCAAAGAGCAAAACUUGGAAUUGCAACCAGUUGGCUGGUUGCUGUGAUAUCUGAGAUCCCUGCCAUACUCGUGAUGAAGUACAACGCAAGCCAAAAAAUCUGCCUUGAAGAUUGGCCGAAUAUUGGCUUUGCCAGAGCGUACACCUUGGCGACUCUGUGCUUCGACUUCAUACUUCCGUUCACUAUAGUGGCUGCCGUUUACACCAAAGUGAUUUAUCACCUGUGGCAUGGUAGCAACUACCGUGGGACUCAUAUAUCACUGCUUAGGCGAAGGAAAAAGGUCACCAAGCUCUUAUUAUUUAUCACAGCUCUACACGGGGUGUGUUUGUUACCCGACACAGUAACUUAUGUCCUCUCCUACUUUGGCUUCCAGUACGGCUCCAUUGCUUACAAAGUUGGAACCGUUUUGGUUUGCGUGAACUCCACAAUGAACCCAUUUAUUUACAGUCUUCAGAGCGAACGCUUUAGAAGAUCCUUGGUGGAGCUACUGCAGUGUAAUGUCGCGAAAAGAGUCUGGCUUGCAUCAGGAUUUCAGAGGAAAAGAGAUGUAAUUGUUAUAAAUGACUCUCAUCGGCAAGAGUAACUCACUGUCCCUUACAAUUUGGGAUAAAUCAGGACUAACCAAAUUGCAUGCAAAAAUUUGACUCUGUUUUCCUCUUAACGAUCAUGUCAUGGACUACUGGUUCUGCCGCUCACCUCAACAUUAUUUCCUUAUAUAUAAAGUUAAUUUGUGUCUGAUUACUUGUGAAGCCAUGUAGAGCGUAUUAUUGGUGCUUGACGCUCAAGCGGCGAAGCAAUUUUCCCUUUCGUAAAUGGCCGUUGCCAUUUGAAACGGUCGUUGCCAUUUGUCGAAACAGUCGUUGCCAUUUUGUAAUGAAUGGCAACGAGUGUUAUUGCAAAUGGCAACGACCGUUUCAAAAUCGCAAACGACCGUUUCAAAUGGCAACGGCCGUUUACGAAAGGGAAAAUUGCAGCGGCGAAUUUGUCGGUGAAGCGCGAAAGGAGACUUGUCACAGAUACAAUCUUGAAUUGUUAUGAGACACUCGAUCAAAUAAUUCGACUCACUAUCCGUAAGGGCAAAGGGUAAAAUAUAGACUGGAUUAGACUAUUUUUUUUUUGGAGCAUUUUUGGGACCAUUUUUUGGGACCAUUUUUUGGACCACUUUAUAAGGGGGGGGAAGUACAUCAUUAGUACUCAGGGAGGGGUGGGUGUGGUUUAUAAGUACUGAGGGAGGAGUGGGAGGCAGAGUGUUAUAAAUCAGGGAAGGGUGGGAGGUGGCAGUAAUUGUAAACACUACUGGUUAAUGGAGCUUCAGUUACUCGAUCGUACAAUUUUUUUUAAUCGGUUUUUCGACUGAC